GCAGGUUCUUCAGCAAAAGCCCUUGUGAGCUUGAAAGAGGGAAGUUUAUCCAGUUCGUGGAAUGAAAAGUAUAAUCCUCUGCAGAAAGCACCCCUUUGGAAAAGCAAGAAUGCUGGUUCUGCAGUGGAAAUGCCCUUCAGAAAUUCAAAACGGAGUCGACUCUUCUGUGAAGAUGACAACAGACAAAUAAGCACAAGGUCACCCAAAAGAAAUCAGAAGGUUGCGAUGGUUCCACAGAAGUUUAAUGCAACAAUGUCAACACCAGACAAGAAAGUAUCACAGAAGAUUGGUUUACGGCUUCGUAACCUGCUCAAACUUCCCAAAGCUCACAAGUGGUGCAUAUACGAAUGGUUCUAUUCAAAUAUAGAUAAACCACUAUUUGAAGGCGAUAAUGACUUCUGUAUAUGUCUGAAGGAAUCUUUUCCAAAUUUGAAAACCAGAAAAUUGACAAGAGUAGAGUGGGGGAAAAUCAGACGGUUAAUGGGAAAACCACGGAGGUGUUCCUCUGCAUUCUUUGAGGAAGAGAGAUCAGCGUUAAAACAGAAACGGCAGAAAAUAAGACUCUUGCAGCAGCGCAAAGUUGCAGAUAUUUCACAGUUCAAAGAUCUUCCAGAAGACAUUCCAUUACCGCUUGUAAUAGGAACAAAAGUUACAGCACGUUUGCGAGGUGUCCAUGAUGGGCUAUUCACUGGACAAAUAGAUGCUGUAGACACUCUUAAUGCUACAUACAGAGUGACUUUUGACAGGGCAGGUCUUGGAACACACACAGUCCCAGAUUAUGAAGUUCUUAGUAACGAACCUCAUGAAACCAUGCCAAUUGCUGCCUUUGGACAGAAACAGCGGCCUUCAAGGUUCCUUAUGACCCCUCCCCGAUUAUCUUAUACACCUUCACUUCAGUCUCCCAUUACAGACAGUGAUCCUUUAUUAGGGCAAUCUUCAUGGAAAAACAAAAUUUCAGGCACAGAUAGUGAAACACUAGGAGGCUUUCCAGUAGAAUUCCUCAUACAAGUGACCAGGUUAUCAAAAAUCCUCAUGAUCAAGAAGGAACACAUCAAGCAAUUGAGAGAGAUGAAUACAGAAGCAGAAAAGCUGAAAUCCUAUUCUGUGCCAAUAGGCAUUGAGUUUCAGAGGAGAUAUGCAACUGUUGUCCUGGAUCUAGAACAACUAAACAAAGACUUAAAUAAAGUUUUGCAUAAAGUUCAACAGUAUUGUUAUGAGCUUGCUCCUGACCAAGGCCUCCAACCUGCAGACCAACCCACAGAUCUGAGGCGUAGGUGUGAAGAGGAGGCUCAGGAGAUAGUCAGGCAAGCAAAUUCCUCAACAACAGGACAGCUUUGUGUUGCAAGUGAAAAUUUAACUGAUCUUAUUUCUAGACUUACAGCAAUAUUACUGCAGAUUAAGUGUCUAGCAGAAGGAGGUGACCUGAAUUCCUUUGAAUUUAAAUCACUAACAGAUUCAUUAAAUGACAUUAAGAAUUCAAUAGACUCCUCAAAUAUCAGCUGUUUUCAGAAUAACGUUGAGAUCCAUGUUGCACAUAUUCAGAGUGGUCUGAGCCAGAUGGGAAAUUUACAUGCUUUUGCAGCUAAUAACACCAACAGAGACUGAAAAUUUUCUUUCAACUGUACAGCAAGUAGUUCCGGAAAAUCCUCUUCCUU